CGGCUCCUCCUUUGACAUUUAAGCUAAGAAAAGUGCUAGGUGGUGAUUGUUUCACUGACAGGCAUCGGGAAGUGUUUUUGCCUACGUCUCGGGAAAUUCCCUGACUGUAACGAGUAAGCGCGCAGAGAGGAAGAUCCUAGCUGCCGGACACAGACAAGCAGCGCUCAGACGCGGAACAGGGAAGACGGAGGCUGCCGCCUGAACCAGAAGCAGCUCCGCAGACGCCAGCCUCAGCGGGAAAAGGUCCCACCAUGGCCGGUGGUCAUGAGCCAUAUAUUGAAAUACAUGAGCAACCUAGACAGAGAGGGAUGCGUUUUCGAUACAAAUGUGAAGGAAGAUCAGCAGGCAGUAUUCCAGGUGAACAUAGUACUGAUAUCAACAGGACGUUCCCAUCUAUACAGAUCCUGAACUACUUUGGGAAAGUAAAAAUCAGAAUAACAUUGGUAACUAAGAAUGAACCCUAUAGGCCGCAUCCUCACCAGUUGGUUGGAAAGGAUUGUGAAAAUGGUUACUAUGAAGCUGAAUUUGGGCCAGAGCGUAGAGUUUUGAGUUUUCAGAACCUGGGUAUUCAGUGUGUGAAAAAGAGAGAACUCAAGGAAUCCAUUAUUUCACGAAUUGUUAAGAAGAUCAAUCCAUUCAAUGUUUCUGAAGAACAGCUGUUGACAGUUGAAGAAUAUGACCUCAAUGUGGUGAGACUCUGUUUCCAAGCAUUCAUCUCUGAUGAGCAUGGCAACUGCACACAACCUAUAUCCCCAAUCAUCUCCAACCCCAUUUAUGAUAACCGUGCACCCAAUUCAGCUGAAUUGAGAAUCUGCCGUGUGAACAAGAACUGUGGAACAGCGAAAGGAGGAGAUGAAAUUUUCCUCUUGUGUGACAAAGUUCAGAAAGAUGAUAUAGAAGUGAGAUUUUUCAUGAAUGACUGGGAAGCCAAGGGGAUUUUUUCACAAGCUGAUGUUCAUCGUCAAGUAGCAAUUGUCUUCAAGACGCCCCCAUUUUUCAAAGAUAUCCCAGAUCCUGUGACUGUGAAGAUGCAAUUGCGAAGGCCCUCAGAUCAGGAAGUCAGUGAUCCUAUGGACUUUAGAUAUUUACCAGAUGAAAAAGAUCCGUAUGGCCAUAAGGCAAAGAGGCAGAGGUCACCAAUGGCUUUACAAAAGCUCAUUCAAGAAUCUGGUCCCUAUGAAAGGUCUAAUGCUACUCUGUUCCAGACUGCUACCAGUGAAAGAAAAUUCAUUAAGAAAGAACCAGAUAUAUAUUGCUCACCGAUUGAAACAGCCAUCCCACUGCAGAAAACAUCUGCAAGCAUCCCUUCCAUGCAGCCAUAUUAUUCUCCUUCUUUAAACCACUUAAGUUCCAAUGGACAUCCUGGUCCACCUUUUCAAAUGACAGAGUCCGUUAAGCAGGAUGGGGUUCUGCCAUCUUGCUGGCAUUCCUCUGUUUCACCUCUAAGUGUUUUGCUGCAGCAUAGAAACUUGGGUGAUACAUUGCAAUCUACAAUGGAGAAUGGUAGCUCUCCACAAAUUGGACAGGAAAAGAGUCUGAACUGGGCCAGUCAGAAAGAGGGGAACAUUUAUCAAGGAUUCUUUGGAACAAUGAAUGAUCAUGAGUCAACAAUGUCAUCAUCAUCACCUUCGCCAUCAGUAUCUCAGCAAGAAAUGAGGAAUGUCUCCAGCACUGUUGAUAGCCAGUCUAUUCAUCCAGAAAAUGCUGCAGUGUCCAAUGGCAUUAGCAUGGAGAUGGAAGACUCCAGAUGCUCAGAUGUUAACUUGGAAAAGUCAUCUUUUGUUCAAGCUUUAAAUCCAAGCAACCACAGGAAGAAAGUCCAACCAUUGCUGCCUCCUGCCAUAUCAACAGUAACCACUUCUAGCUUAUCUUUGACCUCUAUGUCCAAUAUUUUUGAGACACCAACUUUUCAUUAUCUGGCUAGCCUUAAUGAAUCAGGAUUGGCCAACAAUCCAAACACCAUAAAUAUAUCAAAUUUUGAUACUUACAGCACCCAAGAUGAUGAGUUCCUAAAUUCCAUUGGAAGCAAUUUUGAUAGCAUACUUUAAACAUAAAGUUUAACUGAAGCUGAUUGUUGCUUAGACACAGUAUAUAGUAUACAGUGAUUUCUUGCAAUAUGUGAGUUAGUUCUUCACAUAUCUAUUGUAAGGAAAUGAUAGUAUGUAGUAUGUAAUGAGGCAAUACAAUAGUAAUUUUAAAUCUACUUAUUGAAGAGGUCUGAAAUAGCUUUUGAAUCUUGCUUUGUGUAACUUGUUUUUAUAUUUUUGUGCUAUGAAAGAAGAUCGAAAAGCUGUACUUAAUUUUUUUAUAAAUAAUGUUUUGGAAUUUCUUACUUUGCGUUAAAUGCAAUGUGAACCUCAACAUUUUGUAGCAUAGAGUCAUUUUGGAGUAGUCCAAAGCUACUUCAAAUAUUGCAUACAGGCAGUCCUUGACUUAAGGGUAGGCUCACUUUGAUUAAAACAUAUUAUUUGACCAUAAGUCCACCAGUCUGGCCUCGCCUUGGGUUCUUUUCUGAAAAAGAUUUCCUGGGGUGAUUCCCAAAGAGGUACCUUUGUAGCGAACCUUGUUUUAUAUUUGUGCCAAAUCCUUGGAUCUAGCAUGUCUAACAAAGGGAUUCUUGAAAUCAACAUUUUAACCUUGUCAUGUGAUAAGCAGGUGUGCCAUCCAUAUCCUAGUUCAUGGGCCUUUAAUUCAAAUAAUCUCUUCUUUUGGAAAGUCACCCACUUUUUCAUCCAAACCAAACAGCAGGCAUCAAAGUAAAGUUUCAUAUCUGGUAAACCCAAACUUCCUCUUUCUUGAAUAGUUUGCAGUAGUUUAAAUCUAAUUCUUGGUCUUUUUCCUUGCCAUAUAAAUUUAGAAAUGCCCUUUGGCCAUAGUUUAAAUGGAGUAUCAGUUGUCGGUAUCAGUAAAAUCUGAAAUAAAAAUUACAUCUCUGGUAAAAACUUCAUCUUAAUUACAGAGAUUCUACCCAACGUGGAUAACUGCAAACUAUCCCAUCUUAAUAGAUCUUUUUUGAUAUCAUUCCACACAGGUGCAAAAUUGCUUUGAAACAAUUUAGAUUUUUAAUGUAACCCCAAGAUAUUUAAUCUUUUUCUCCACCUUGAAACCUGAGUUUCUUGUCAAUAAUUCAUAAUCUUGAAAAGUCCAUUUUUAACAAGUGGUGUUUUCUGUUCAUUUCUUUUGAAACCCACUAAAGCUCCAAAGUCAUUUAAUUUCUUCAUCAAGAAUUAUAUACAAGUUUUUGAGUCUUGCAGAAAUAGCAAUAGGACUUAGACUUAUAUACCACUUUACAGUGCUUUGAUAGGAAGUUUCUCCUUAAUUCUCAGUUGCUUCUCUCCUUAAGUAGUUUCCAUCCAUUGUUUCUUGUUUUACCUUCUGGUGUUUUAGAAAAUAAGUUGGCCCCCUCUUCUUUGUGGAAGCCCCUCAAAUACUGGAAUACUGCUCUCAAGUCACCCCUAGUUCUUCUUUUCUCUGGACUGGCCAUACCCAAUUCCUGCACCAGUUCUUCAUAUGUUUUUGUCUCCAGGCCCUUAAUCAUUUUAGUUGCUCUUCUUUGCACUUUUCCCCAAGUCUCAAUUUAAAAAAUACUGACAUUUACUAAAUAAUUAACAAUUAUUUAGUAAAUAAUCAAUUUAGUAAAAACAAUCAAUAAUUAUUGAUUAUUUAUAAUCAUUAAUCAUUAUUAAUGAUUAUGAAUUAUCAAACAAUUACUGAAAAUUAAGUCUCCAUUAAUAAUGAUUCUUGCUUGCUAUGAAAUGAAAUCGCUUUAACACCUUUGUAUAAAUUUCAUCCUCGAAAUUAUGACACAUCUUCAAGGAAAAACUAAGGAGUCCAGUUGCCUUUUGAAAAAGCAUAUUUGGGAUAAGUCCUAGGAUCUUCAGUAUUAGUCUUGAGGACAAGAGCAAACAAAACACUGUUCUGAGCAACAAAAAAGUUGCCAAAUAGAGUAUUUAAUAUUGGAAUAGCAACACUGUAUGUGACAGAUCUGCUGCUGAAAGAGAUGUGCUACUUGGGAGGUUAAAGAAAGGACCAAAUAAUCUGCUUUAUGGAUCAAAGCACUUUUACCCUUCUGUACUGACAGGAAAAGUUUCUGUUUGCAACAAACAGCUUUUUGAUCCUUGCUUAAUGCAAAUUAUGUAAAUAUAAAACCUAUACACAUAAUGCCUUUCCAGUGCAGUACUGCAUUUAUCUUAUUGAGACCCACCCCCAGAUAUUACAAUAAUGCUGGGAAUAAUACAAUUUGUGACUACUUUUGACAUGAAAGAAUUGACAUGAGAUGAUUACAAAGACAACACUCAUGCAUACUAGAAAUUAGGGGAUUAAGUGUUUCGGGAAAGCACUGUCGUGAUCAAAAGAUAAGUAACUGAAACUUUUGAUUCAUGAUUUAUUUAGAAAGUAGCAAAUUCCUUUUAUCCGCAAGGAUUCGAAUUGAUAAUGUUAUUGAAGCUGCAAUAUUUACACUGCUCUCUUGUAUAAGCUGCCUUAGAGAAACUCCCACUGGAUUUAUUGAAGUUUUACAAAUAGAUAUGCAUGAAGUUUCAGUGUUAUCAUUUUCCCCAAAAUAAGACAUCCCCAGAUAAUAAGCCCAAUCCGGCUUUUGAGUUCAUGGCAAUAAGGCCAAGUGCUUAUUUCAGGGUUCAAAAAAAUAUAAGAUAGGAUCUUAUUUUUGGGGAAACACUGUCGUUUUAUGCAUAUACAACACAUUUAUAUAAGGUGUCCUUAAUUAAGUGAACCUCUCAUGUUUACUAAUUGACUAAGAUUCUUUUCAUUUUACAUGUUGCCAUGUGCAUACAGAGAGGAAAACAGAUUGUAAUUGUGACCAAAGGGCUCUAGGAAUAACUUGCAAUGGGACUUAACUCCAAGAAAAAAAAUUAAUGGGAUUGCAAGGCUGGUUAGCUGUUUCUCUUAUAUGAAACAUCUCUGAUAUGAAAUAUAGUUAAAUUCAUUUAUCCAGUGUUACCUUUCUAUGUUUUUUAGCUUCUUCACAUUGCCAACAUUGAUUUAAGCACUGAUGUUUUGACCACAGUUAUGUAUGUUUUGUUUGCAUUUAGGCAAAUCUGUAUUUCAGUAAUGGUAAUGACUAUGUCAUUGUGAAUAUUUUUUUAAAAAUACAGCCUUAAAAAGUAUUGAAAUAAUUUUUAGAAUUGAAAUUUUCAGAGUUCUCACAUUGAGGAAAAUACUUAUAACUAAUAUGGAGUGCUAUUUUUCUAUAUAUAUAUAGAAAAAUAUAUAUAUAUAUAGUAUAUAUAUAUAUAUAGUAUAUAUAUAUAGUAUAUAUAGUAUAUAUAUAUAUAUAUAUAUAUACUAGUGACCAAGCUUUUUCUCACUCCUUCCAAUUUUCUUUGUACUGUGAGAGAUUUUUUUUCUUUUCUGAAGUUAUAAAAUUAGAUGAAUUUGUAAUAUGUUUGCACUGAUCACAAUCUCAAGUUAUAAAAUAUCUUCUUUGUUUUAAUGGUAUUUCUAAAACAACGUUUCCAUCCUAUAGUGCUCUAGAUAUAGUCCCAUAGUCCCCACUUAGCUAUUCUGAUGGAGUUUAUAGUCCAGAACAUUACACAGCCAUCUGGUAUAGACAGAAGUUGCAAAAACAAGGAUGGAUUAUCAUUGAACAUUAUAUUCAGACGCAUGUACAAAAUAUAUAUGUGCUUUAUAAUUUAUAAAUGGCACCAAUGUGAUUUUUCCAUUGCUUUAAAAUACAUGUAAGCAUGAUUGGACCUGAGUUAUGAUUUUGUUCCUUUAUGAUAUAAAUCAUAGUUUUCUGAGGUAAAUUGAUUGUGUUUGGCAUACAAAUAGACAUAUUGAAGUAUAAGUAAUUGACAACAUACUGCCAGUUAAUGAAAACCAGUAUAUCUGAACUCAAAUAAUAUAGGAAUCACGUUGAUUGCCCAGUGUUGUCAAAUGCUCUACAGUGAUAACAAGGCAUUGAAACAGAUAUUGGAUCUCUGGGACAAGGACCAUUUGUUCCCUUACUCUAGUGCUAGGAAUAGGCCUUGAUCACAUAGGCAAUGCUGGGACUAAGCACAUGUGGGUCCAGCACAGCUGAGAAUGGGAGACAGUUGUUCUUGGAAUACAGUAAUUGUAUCUAAAACACUUUUCAAGCAGAGGUGGAUGGACAGCUUUGUAGUUUGGCCUCGUUUGUUCAAGAUGAGAUCUUUGUCCUGUGUUAUGGUGAUCCAAGUAGUAUUUCAGUUCAUGUCAGAUUCAGCUGAAUGUUUCACACAAAGCAGCUGAUAAAAAUUCUGGGAGUUUAGUAGUACUAAAAGAAUAGAUAACAUGGUUAAAAUAUUGAACUCUGAAGAUUCAGACUAAUGGCCAUCCACAACCAUGGAAGUUCUCAGAGUGAUCUUACAUCCAUUCUCUAAACCCAGAAUUCACGAAGGGAAUUUUGUGCAUAGUCUUCCAGAAAAGGUAAGGCAUAAAUUUUACAAAUCAACAACUGAACAAGAAUUUGUAUCCAUUCAGUCAAGUCAUCAAUCUAAAUAAUGUUCAUGUAUUUUAAAGCUUAAAUUUCUCAUGCUGAUAAUUCUCUGUUAAAGUUGGAAAUGUAUGGCGAUUUCUUUUUGUCUUAAAAAAUGUAAAUAAAUAAAAAUCUUUUGCCAAAAA